UGAAAUAGCGUUCGGACUAAUCGUAGGAACUACAGACACGAUGAGAUUCGCAUUCGCUAUACUUUGUGUUAUAACGUUAGUUGGAUUGUGCGUAGCACAAGAACUUCCUAUAAUUGCAUGCCACCAAAUAUUGAUGAUUGCGAUGAUUAAGUAUAAAGCACUGCCAGUUUUGCAAAUUCGUGCGGCGCUGUAGUCAUAUGUCACCGAAAUUCAAGCGACUUCUCUGCGUGCUUGAAGCGCGGGAUGCAAGAUGUAUGGCCGCGAUUUAUUCAAGGGUUUACAGAAAUCGAUUUUCCACGAUUGGAACCAUUAAAAAACGAACAUUUUCAACUAUCAUACAAUAGUGGCUCCAUAAACGUGGACAUUACUAUAAUUAAUACUACAACAGUGGGUUUUGCGAAAACUCGUAUUUUGGAUGUGAGACCACACUUUUUCGAUGACGGCUUUCAAAUAGAAAUUGAUAUACAUGUACCAAAACUGUACACUGAAGGCAUUUUGAAAGUGAAGGGUAAUAUUGGCCCACUUGGUUUGACUAUAAAUCAAGGACCGUUCAACUUAACUAUAACAAAUAUCAGAGUAACGUGUAAUAUGAUAGGACCCGUAAUAAAUGAUAGAUGGGUUGUAGAACAUUUUUAUGUUAAUCCACAAAUUGGUACCAUGAAGGUAUACUUCGAAUUGUUCGAGAGCAAAGAAAUCAAUGAUCUCGCUGUGCAAUUCAUGAACGAAUAUUGGCCAACAUAUUAUCGAGCAGUAUCAUCGACAGUGUUAGACAAGAUAGAUGAGUGGCUGUCCGAGUUAGCCAAUCGCUUUUCCUCUCGGAUUCCCUUCUCUGAUGCAGUGCCAACAUAAAAUCCAAACACUUAUUAAGCAUAAAACACUGAUAGUUUUGCAAGUAAUUAUGCAUUAUAGGGGAGACAGUACCAAUGACCUUAUGUUGACUAUAUGACAAGCCUGAGUAACUAUCAAACGAUACCUAGCCGACGGUCCCCCCCAUCUAUUACAAAGUUAUUAACGAAAUAUAACAAAUUGAAGUUUGACAAUUGUAAUGCGUUUUCGAUAAAUGUAAUAAUAAAGAUAAACAACAAAAACCAAAAUUAGAGCAUAAUAAACGUGUGAGCAAAGGGAAAAGCGAAGGCCACUCCUAAUAUAGGAAUGCAAAGAUAAAUACCCUCUCAAUUCAACCAAUAGUUAGAAAAUUGCGGUUUAUUCAAUAAACUUACAUUGCUAAUAACUUGUUAAUAAACAGCGAGCACCGGAUAUAAGCUUUUGGUAACUACUCAGGAUUGUAGACACGACAAUAUACACAUAUAAAGAUCAUUGAAGCUGUCUUUCCUGUAAUGCAUAAUUACCAAAGUAAGAAUAAAAUAAUAUGAAAUUUAUUACACUACGACCUUAUCAGACUUGUCGUACUAUACGGAAAAAAAUGAGGAAUUAAAGAAUAGUAAAAA